AUGGCCAAGACAACCGUGAAACAUUCCAAAAAACCAAAAAUUCACUCCAGUGCGGCGGAUGCGCUCGCUCUCGCUGAGAAGAUCAAGAAAAACGCCCUCAAAGCCAAACUCUCGACUGAACCCAAAACCGAUGCUGAGGCACCAUCCAUCACAGAAGAGAUUUCCGAAGUCGAAGUGUCACUGGACAAAAAGACUUUCGAAUCUUUUGCCGAUCUCAAAUUAAUUCCAGAAUUGCUUGAGACCAUCCAGGCGCUCAAGUUUACUAAGCCCACUCCCAUCCAAGCAGAGGCCAUUCCACAUGCUUUGGCCGGAAAGGAUAUCAUCGGAUUGGCUGUGACUGGUUCCGGUAAGACUGCUGCAUUUGCCAUUCCAAUUCUUCAGGCGCUCUGGAACGACCAGAUGCCAUACUACUGUUUGGUGAUCUCGCCUACGAGAGAAUUGGCAUACCAAAUUAAGGAGACCUUCGAUGCUUUGGGCUCCGCUAUGGGCUUGAGAACUUGUUGUAUUGUUGGAGGUAUGAGUCCUAUGGACCAGGCGCUAGAUUUGCUGAGGAAGCCUCACAUCAUUGUGGCCACUCCAGGUAGAAUCAUCGACCACUUGGAGAAAACGAAAGGUUUCAACUUGAGAAACUUGCGCUACCUCGUCAUGGACGAAGCCGACAGAUUGUUGGAUCAAGAGUUCGACCGUGAGCUUGAUAAGAUUCUACGGGUCAUUCCAAGAGAGAGAAACACAUACUUGUUCUCAGCCACCAUGACCAAUAAGAUCGAGAAGUUGCAAAGAGCUUCGCUACAAAACCCGGUUCGUAUUGCUGUGUCUUCCAAGUAUGCCACGGCUGAAAACUUGGUGCAGCUGAUGAUGUUGGUCAGUGAGGUCCACAAGAACACCGUUUUGGUGCACUUGCUCAAUGAGUUCAUGGGCAAAUCCAUCAUUAUCUUCACUAGAACGUGUGCGCAUGCGCAAAGAACUGCUUUGCUUGCCAGAAUCCUCGGCUUUUCCGCCGUUCCACUUCAUGGACAGCUCUCGCAAACACAACGUCUUGGAUCGUUGAACAAGUUCAAGUCCAACCUGUCCAACAUCUUGGUGGCCACCGAUGUUGCCGCUCGUGGUUUGGAUAUCCCAUCUGUGGAUGUAGUCAUCAACUACGAUAUCCCUAUGGACUCUAAAGCAUACAUCCACAGAGUGGGUCGUACUGCUCGUGCCGGAAGAAGCGGAAAGUCGAUUUCUUUGGUGACUCAGUACGAUCUCGAGAUCUACAUGAGAAUCGAGAAGGUUCUCGGCGUCAAGCUUCCCAAAGACCCUCUUCCAUCAGCUGAGGAAAUGGCGAUCUUGCACACCCAUGUUGACCGUGCCGUGGCCGAAGCCGUGAAACAAACCAAAGAUUUCCACGACAAGAAGGGCAAAAAGGGCAAGUCUCGUGAUGAUGCAGACAGAGAGGAAAAGUAG